CCAACGCGAGCGACCUUGAAGGUGUGAGCAUAGGCGAAGAUGAAGACGAAGGUGCUGAGGGCAACAUGACCAGGUCCCCGGCGCUGCUGGAUGACUCGGUCAUGGAAGGAGAACUGGACUGGGAUGAAGUGACUCAGGGCUUUGUCUUGGGCGCCUUCUUCUAUGGCUACUGUGUUACUCAGAUCAUUGGUGGGAGACUGUCGGAGGUGUAUGGGACGCGCAUCGUGUUUGGCUUAAGUAUCCUGGCUGGUGGAAUUUCUGCUGUUCUCACACCUAUGGCUGCUCGCAUGAACUAUAUCAUCCUAAUCAUCAUACGGAUAAUCCAAGGACUUUUUCAGGGAGCAACCAUCCCGUGUAUAUUUCCUCUGAUGGUCCGCUGGAUGCCCCUUCAAGAACGAUCAAGGUUCAUCGCUUACGUUCUCUUCUGUAAUAACCUAAGCAUAACCUUCACACUGCCACUGUGUGGGUUGGUGAUCAACUACCUGGGUUGGGCGGCGGCUUUCUACGUGACUGGUGGGUUAUCACUGGCUUGGUGUGCACUCUGGUUCACCUUCAUGUACGAGUCACCGAACCAACACCCGAGGAUCAGUCCCGAGGAACUGCAGUACAUUCAAGAGCACCUGGAGGAAAAUGAGAGUCAGGCCACACCUGCGUCACACCAGGCCACACCUCCUGCAUCAGUACCAUGGCGAGAGAUGGCCACCAGCUGGCCAGUUUGGGCCAUACUCAUCUGUGAUGCUGGCAAUUCUUUUGGCUUCAGCGUAUACUUUUCUCAUAUUCCCACAUACAUCCAGAAUAUCCUUGGCUUCUCUAUAAAACAGAACGGUGUAUUGUCUGCUCUGCCGUUCCUGUGUCGUUACCUGGGUGCCAUUAUCUCUGCCACAGUGGCAGACAUGGUGAUGGCGCGGGGACUACUCUCUGUCCUCUCUGUACGCAGAGUCUUCAGCACUAUUGCAAUGAUGGGACCAGCAGUGAACUUACUGGCAGUGGCUCACUCUGGGUGUGACCCGUCCACUGCCAUAGCUCUGCUCUGUGUGGGUUUCUUCCUUAAUGGCUUCAUCACUACUGGCUUGUUUUCUAACCGUGUAGACAUUACAACCAACUUCUGUGGUACACUGACUGGUCUCAGCAACACUUGUGCCAACGUUGUCUCAGUCAUCGUUCCCAUUGUGGUGGGCAGCCUCACACAGAACCAGCAAACCCUGGGACAGUGGCAGAAGGUGUUCUGGAUGUGUGUGCCUGUCUAUGCACUCUCUGAAAUAUUCUUCCUCAUCUUCGCAUCGGCAUCUACUCAGAAGUGGAAUUACUCUAAUAUACCAAAAGACACAUACGAGGCUGAAGAGUCCACCAGCGAGCAAGAAGAGAGCUUUCUCUCAGGAGUUACUGACCCCAACAAUGAUCAAAAUAUCUGAGCGACUCAGAUUUGAUGUAAAGAACACGAACAACUUUGGUAGUGAUCCCAAGUUUAUGUUCUGUAGUGGACUUUUCUUAGUCAGAUGUUAACCAAUUUUCGAGUGAAGGUGUGAAAUAAUUUACUGAAAAUAAA